AUGGCCUCGGUGAGCGACGUGAUCGCGCUCGUGAGCUCGCUAGCUCUGCGUCUGAGCGUAUACAUCUUCCUGCGCUGGAUCGUACCGCCUCUUGCUAUCGCGUUGGCCCUGGUCUACAUACCCUCGUUCUUCAUCAGCCUCCAGGAUACUGCUCCUUACAAAAUCAUAUCCGACGAGCUGAACAUAAUUGUAAAAGAGGCAGUCGAUACCAGCGACUCUGAUUCUGCAGAACGCGUGGACCUGCUCGAGGGCGCAGAUGAAGGUCCCCUGCAAGAGCUGGACGUUGAAGAGGACAUCCAGUAUGAGGAGCGCCAGCCAAAAAUCCUGCGGACCCUGCUCACGGGCAGACCGAGCCCAUCAUCCAUCUUCUGGAGCUGGGCUACAUUCGGCAUCAAUGUGGCUCUACUGGCCAUGACAUUGGACGUCAUUUAUCGCGCCCAAAUAUUCCACGGCCACCAGCACGCAAGCUUUGGCCGUAUUGGCUAUGUUUCCGAGAACUACGCGAAUAUCCUCGUGCGAGAGCCGUAUGCAUAUGACGUGAAUGUACUUUACCGGUCAAUCGACGACUACGAGCGGUCAUGGAUGCAGAAGACGCUCCAUUCAAGCCGGCCUGAGUACUGGCUGACGGGUGACACUGACUUCACAGCUUCCAUCAAACUUGACCACCUCCGUCCGAAUACUCCUUACGAGUACGUCAUUCAAGCAUCCAGUGGUAAUACCACGGGAACCUUCACCACUCCGCCACGUCCAGGGCAUCUGUCUACUUUCAGAGAGAACAAGUAUACUUUCCUCCACUCAAGUUGCAUAAAACCGCGUGUCCCAUAUACUCCAUUCCAACAUCCUCUGCACUUCCCAGGCUUCGCUCACCUGGCUCGUUGGAUACCUGAACUGAAACCCUACUUCAUGCUAUUCUUGGGAGACUUCAUCUACGCCGACGUCCCGCUCCAAUUAGGCAAAGACGCAGAGUACUACCGCCGCGAAUACCGCCAGGUCUACUCGUCUCCCGACUGGCCCUCCGUCAGCCAAGAUCUUCCUUGGAUUCAUGUCAUCGACGAUCAUGAGAUCCAAAACGAUUGGAAUGGUAAUAUGACUGGUGUCGCCGUGCCCGCCUACGAUGCAUUCACGCACUACCACGCAGCCGUCAAUCCCCCGGCCCACAGACAAGGCCACACGUAUUUCAGCUUCGUUCAGGGCCCAGCGGACUUCUUCCUCGUCGACACCAGGGCGUAUCGGAGCCCCGAGAACUCCGACCCCAACGACCCCGCCAAGACUAUGCUCGGCGGCACCCAACUCUCUGAUCUGCUGUCUUGGAUCGCGACGCCGCCACCGCGAGGUGUGCACUGGAAAAUCAUCGUUACGGGCGUCCCGUUCACAAAGAAUUGGCAGUUCGGGUCCGAGGAUACUUGGGGCGGGUACCUCGUCGAGAGGCGCCGGAUUCUCGAAGCGGCGUGGGAGCUGUCCUCUACGCGUGGCGUCGGAGUCGUCAUCUUAAGCGGUGACCGCCACGAGUUCGCUGCUACCUCCUUCCCUCCACCCAAAGAUUCAGACUGGCCCGUAAGCGCGACGGUGCACGAGUUCUCUACCUCUCCACUAUCUAUGUUCUACCUGCCUUUCCGCACGUAUAGCGAGGUUGAUGACGAGGACGUUUGUAUCAAGUAUUUACCGGAUGGGAACAGCAAGUUCGGUGCGGUAGAGAUCACAGCGCCCGAAACGAGCGAACAAAGCUUGCUGAAGUAUCGGCUGUUCAUCGAUGGGGUGGAACAAUGGACGCAUGUCAUUUCCACGCCCCCAUUGCGAGACGGGAGCAAGAGGGCUAGGGAUGCGGUAUGGGGCUGA